ACUAACCGCACAGUAGUGUUGCAACGGUUGCUCUGAUCCGAUCGCUCACCAGUAAAGAACAAAGCAUCACACGAAAAGGAUGAUCAAAACAGGAAUGGGCUCAAUAGUGCCGCGAAUUCUCCGGCAACAGACGGCGGUGGCCCCAAGCACAGUGGUGUCGGUGAAAAAUUAUGCAACCGAGGCAACGUUCGAGACAAAGCCCUUCAAGCUGCACAACCUAAAGGAAGGGCCACCCACUACCGGCAAGGUGUCGAAGGAUGAGGCAGUGAAAUAUUACCGGCAAAUGCAAACCAUCCGCCGGUUGGAAACGUCCGCCGGCAAUCUGUACAAGGAGAAGCUCGUCCGGGGCUUCUGCCAUCUGUACUCCGGCCAGGAGGCGUGUGCCGUCGGUAUGAAGGGUGCCAUGCGCUCGCAGGAUAACAUCAUCUCCGCCUACCGUGUGCAUGGUUGGACGUAUCUGAUGGGCGUUACGCCCCGGGGCGUUCUGUCGGAGCUGACCGGCAAGCAGGGCGGUUGUGCGCGUGGUAAAGGUGGCUCGAUGCAUAUGUACGCGCCCAACUUCUACGGUGGCAACGGUAUUGUUGGUGCCCAGGUCCCGCUCGGUGCCGGCGUUGCCCUCGCGUGCAAGUACAAGGGUAACGGUGGCGUCUGUCUCGCACUGUACGGUGAUGGUGCGGCUAAUCAGGGCCAAAUUUUCGAGGCUUACAAUAUGGCCCAUCUGUGGAAGCUGCCGUGCAUAUUCGUGUGCGAAAACAAUGGUUACGGUAUGGGAACUAGUGCCGAACGUGGUUCGUGCAACGUUAAUUAUUACCAGCGUGGAGACGUCCUGCCGGGAAUUUGGGUUGAUGGUAUGGACGUUGUUGCAGUACGUCUUGCUACCGAAUUCGCCAUUAACCACGUGCUAAACGUUGGUCCGGUUGUGAUGGAGGUGUAUACUUAUCGCUAUUCGGGACACUCUAUGUCCGAUCCGGGCACGAGCUACCGGACGCGCGAAGAAGUUCAAGAGGUGCGUCAAACACGCGAUCCGAUCUCCUCGUUUAAGGAUAAAAUUAUUGCAGCUGGUUUAGUGACAGCCGAUGAACUGAAGGCUAUGGACAACGAGAUUAAGAAGGAGGUAGACGAGGCAACAAAACAAGCGAAAGCGGAUAGCGAAAUCGGCUUACCGGAACUGUCCACCGAUGUGUACUCGAACAAUCUGGAAGGCGAUAUUCGUGGAUGUAAUCCCGGCUCGUGGCUUAAACACGCUACGCUGAAACGUGCCGUUAAUCUGUAACGCACCGUACUGGAGUUCUUCCUAACCAUCAAGUGACCUUCUACCAAUGGAAAGCCAGCGAAAUACAGACUAGUCGUACAACCUACACUCCCGGUUUUAAACACCGCCGCCACCCCAACGACAGCCGAAAUGAUGGUGCAUUUAGUUCAAUUUUAUUCAGCAAAAUAUCGAAAUUUACCUUAAACAGUUUACAAGUAGCAUUAAUCGCUAUCACUAUCCCGGUAAGAGUCCUCAAACUC